AUGUCAACCGCCAAGGAGGCCAACGAGCUGAAGCAGCAGGGAGCUGUUGAAGCCGCUGCCAACCCCGAAAGCUCCGUUACCGCCGCAGAUGCCCAGAAGGAAAUCGUUGAGGCUUCCCGAAAUGCCGGCGUUGCUGCCUUUACCUUUGAUCCCGAUGCGAGCCCCGAGCAGAAGAAGGCUCAGGCCAAAGCUGCUAUCCCACCCGAGCUGCAACACAGCAGACGGCCAAAGGGCACCGCCAUCAUCACCGAUGUUGACGAUGGCACCGGCCCUGUCGAGGACCUCCCAGAGCCCAGCAAGGAUGGAGUCUUGGAUGUCGCACGAGACGAGCAGGGAAAGCCUCUUGCUGAUGGUGUUGACCCCGCCUCUGAAGAGCCUCCCUACUCGCGCACAGGUUGGGCUCCGAAGCUUGGAUGGCCAAGCGAUGAGCUUCUAGAGCAGGAAAGCUUGCUCGAUCAUGGGACCUGGGUGGAGGGAAAGCUCCCAGAUACCCUCUACGGCGACUGGUAUCACAACACUGGACUUGUCAUCUUUGCUUGUAUCAGCUCCUGGCUUGUCGCUGUCUUUGGCGGCGGUCUUGCUUGGGUUAUUAUCAUCAUGGCCAUUUGCUCCACCUAUUACCGAACCUCUCUACGACGAGUGCGACGCAACUUCCGCGACGACAUCACUCGUGAGUUGGCGCUCAAGAAGCUCGAUAACGAUAACGAAUCCCUCGAAUGGAUCAACUCAUUCUUGGUCAAGUUCUGGCCCAUCUACCAGCCCGUUCUCGCUCAGACCGUCAUCAACUCUGUCGACCAGGUUCUCAGCUCUGCCACUCCCGCCUUCCUGGAUAGCUUGAAGCUCAAAACCUUUACUCUGGGUUCUAAGCCUCCGCGCAUGGAGCAUGUCAAGACCUAUCCCAAGACCGAGGACGAUAUUGUCAUGAUGGACUGGAAGUUCAGCUUCACUCCCAACGAUACCGACGAUAUGACUUCCCGGCAGCUCAAGAACAAGGUCAACCCUAAGAUUGUGCUGGAGAUCCGAAUCGGGAAGGCCAUGAUCAGCAAGGGUCUCGACGUCAUUGUUGAGGAUAUGGCUUUCUCCGGUAUUAUGCGCCUCAAGAUCAAGCUUCAGAUCCCCUUCCCCCACAUUGACCGCGUGGAAAUGUGCUUCCUCGAGCGACCUACCAUUGAUUACGUCUGUAAGCCGCUCGGUGGUGAGAACUUUGGUUUCGAUAUCAACUUUAUUCCUGGCUUGGAGAGCUUCAUUCUUGAGCAGAUUCACGGUAACCUAGGCCCCAUGAUGUAUGCCCCCAAGGUCUUUCCCAUCGAAGUUGCCAAGAUGUUGGCUGGCAACCCGGUUGAUCAGGCUGUCGGUGUUGUUGCAGUGACCCUUCACGGUGCUCAUGGCCUGAAGAACAGCGACAACUUUGGUGGAACCAUCGAUCCCUACGCAUCCAUCAGCUUGAACAGACGCCAGGAGCUCGCCCGGACUAAGGUCGUGGAGGACAACCCCAACCCGAGAUGGAACGAGACCCACUACAUCAUUAUCACCUCUUUCAACGAUUCCCUUGAUAUCCAGGUUUUCGACCACAACGAUUUCCGCAAGUCGAAGGAGCUCGGUGUUGCCUCUUUCCCCCUCGAGAACAUCGAGGAGCUCAAUGUGUACGAAAACGAACGACUCGAGGUCAUUACUGACGGCAAGGCCCGUGGUGUGGUUUCUUGUGAUCUCCGCUUCUUCCCUGUGCUCGAAACCAUCAAGAACGCCGAAGGACGAGAUGAGCCUCCGCCCGAGUCUAACCAGGGUAUUCUCCGUUUCACAGUGGAGCAGGCCAAGGAACUGGAUGGCACCAAGAGUAUCGUGGGAAUGCUCAACCCGUACGCAGUCAUGUUCUUGAACGGUAAGGAGGUGCACCACACCAAGAAGCUGAAGCGCACCAAUAACCCCAUCUGGGACAACGGCUCAAAGGAAAUUCUCAUCACGGAUCGCAAAAAGGCCAAGCUCGGUGUCACAGUCAAGGAUGAUCGAGAUCUUACUGGAGACCAGGUGCUCGGCAAGUAUCAGAUCAAGCUCGACGAGAUGCUGGAAUGCAUGGAACAAGGCAAGGAAUGGUACAACCUACAUGGCGCUCACACCGGUCGUGUCAAGAUGAUGGCACAGUGGAAGCCGGUGGCCAUCUCUGGUGUGGCCAGCACUGGCGGCUAUGUCACCCCCAUUGGUGUGAUGCGAUUCCAUUUCAAGAAGGCUACUGAUCUCCGCAACUUUGAGGCCUUUGGCAAGUCGGACCCAUACACUCGAGUUUUGCUCUCCGGUAUUGAAAAGGCACGAACUGUCACUUUCCGCAAUGACCUCAACCCUGAGUGGGACGAGGUGCUCUAUGUCCCCAUCCAUUCUGCUCGCGACAGACUCGCCCUGGAGGUGAUGGACACGGAAAAGGUCGGCAAGGACCGAAGUCUGGGAAUGAUCGAAGUCUUUGCUGCCGACUAUGUUGCCCAAGAUGAAACUGGAGAGUACCUGGUCAACGAUAAGAAGCAGCACCGCGAAGACGGGCUGCGGCUUCACAACAAGGGCAUUGCCAAGGGUACUCUGCACUACACGGUUGCCUUCUACCCCUGCCUCAACGUCGCCGACCCUGAAGAGGAGGAAGAGGAAGCAAAGGAAAAGGAAGAGGCGGAGAAGGAGAAGGCGGAAUCUGGAGAGGAGGGCGACCUCACUCCGCAAAGGUCAGCAGAUGCCGGCAAGUUCAACGCAACCCUGGACAAGCCCAAGGAAAAGGACGCCGAGCCACCCACUCCCACAACCGUUGGACGCCCCUCCACCACACAGAGGCCUUCGGUAGACGAGCCCAAGGGCCCCGCCAAGAUCAGACUCACCCCGGAAGAGCUACUCAAGUACGAGAGUGGUCUGCUCAUCUUCAGACUCAUGGAGGCCGAGAUGCCAGAGAGCCACGGUCUUCUCGAGGUUCUGGUGGACGACAUGGCGUAUCCCUCCUACGUGUCUUCUACUGCUCGCAGCAAGUCGCACAAGUUUGAAGAGAUUGGAGACUGCUUCAUUCGCGAGCUUGACUUUUCACGACUAACUCUCAGGGCUCGAAAGAAGGGUGAUGACCAAGAUGAUCUCAUGGCAUCGCUUUCUGGCAACACUCUAGAAACCCUCAAGCAGUGUCUGAACAAUCCAACAACCCUCAAGCUCAAGGGCGAGGAUGGCCGUCCCGCUAGUGUCAAGGUCAGCUUGAAGUACAUCCCCGUCAAGAUGCAGCUCGACCCAAGUGAGAGUAUCAACAACAUGGGCAAGCUCCGUGUGGAUAUUCUGGACGGUGCGGACCUGCCUUCGGCCGAUCGUAACGGCAAGAGUGAUCCUUACUGCAAGUUUGAGCUCAACGGCCAGGAGAUCUACAAGACCAAGGUGCAGAAGAAGACGCUGCAUCCUACUUGGAACGAGUUCUUCGAGGUCAGCGUCCCAUCGAGGACUGGGGCCGACUUCAAGGUCUCGGUGUGGGAUUACGAUUUUGCAGACAAGCCCGACUUCUUGGGCGGUGCAGACAUCAACCUGGAGUCUCUGGACCCCUUCAGGCCAUCUGAGACUAGAUACAUCCUGGAUGGCAAGUCGGGAACCGUCCGGGUUCGACUCUUGUUCCGACCCGACUACGUUGUACGAACCCGUCAAGGUACAUCGACGUUUGGCGGAACAUUCUCGAGUGCUCCUGGACGUAUCAUGACUGGCGUCGCCGGUGCGCCUAUCAAGGGCGGCGUGGCAGUGGCUGGAGUCGUCGGUCAUGGUGUUGGAAAGGGUGCCUCGUUCCUCCGUCGCGGUCUGUUCAAUAAGAAGGAGAACGGCGACAUUGAGGAGGAGACGGUGCCAGAGGUGGUAGAGCCCCCGACUAUGGCGUCCAACGGCAGUGCAGGAUCCAACGGUGGUCUUCGACGGCCCCCUGCCAUUGUGGAGGAGGGUGACGCGCCUGCAAUGGGACGGCCAUCCACCAGCAAUGGCCACUCCCGGUCAAAGAGCAUUGGACAGUCGUCGGUCCAUAGCACACUCCCUGGUGGUGCUCAAGGCGGUACCGCGUCCUUCACUGUGGUGGGAGCGUCAGGAUUCCCGCCAGCGUCGGAUCUGUACAUCAUCAUCUCGCAGAUCAAUCCUAGGGAGAAGACGGUGGGCAAGACCAAGCACUUCAAGUCGUCGUCAGGCCAGUGGCAAUUUGACGAGACGUUCAAGUUCCCCUGCACACCGGACGCGCAGUUCAAGAUUGAGGCCAAGGGGCAGCACCUGUUUGGUAGCGAUGACGACCUUGGCGAGCACAUCUACUUUGUGGAUGAGUCUGGUGCUUCGACAGCCAAGGAUCUAUCUGUGGGCAGCGGAAGCGUGACGCUCAAGAGCACCUUUCAGCCUGCGGAGCCAAGCCUGGCGCCCGAGAGCCCCAAAACUCAGCUUCGAAGAAGCUUCCUGAGCAAGCGAGAGGGACGGACCAGCAGGGAGGUGACGCCAAAUCCCUAAGCUGGGUGCCUCGUCUUGUCUCUGCUUGACACGCGUGAUGUUUCUUUGAGUUCCUCUUUUUGUGUUAUGAUGCGACUACUACAAAUCUCGAUAUUGUUUUCCUGGAUUGUGAAGGUUGGUGAAAGUUAGGUCACCUAGGGAAUGGAGGGUGUUCUCUUAUGGGCGGAAAGGGAAGAGGACAAGACGUCUUGACUGCAGAGACCAAAGUGGUAGCUUCAUUUACUUGAGUUUGAUAUCCUCUGGAAGUUGGGUUCGGUUCCUUGGCGCGGAUUGGAUUCAAUAGGGUAUAGGUAAUUAGGUAGGAGAUUAGUAAGAUGCCCGGGAAGGGGUGAAUGAAUGAAUUGAAAAGCAUUUAAUCAAAG